AUGUAUUUUAUUUCAAGUUUAAUUAAAGUUAGUAUCCCAAAUUAUUUGGCGAGUCUCCCUAUUCCUGAUAGCAUCGGAGGAUGGUUUCACCUUGGAGUAAAAGAUUGGCUGGCUUUGAUUCCACCUACUGCAGUUGUAGGUGGAAUAUCAUACUACUCGUAUCAAACAAUUAAGAAAGCUCGCGAGGCUGACAAUGGACAGAUAAAUCCUGGUAUUCGAAAGGAUAUCAAUAAAGUUGUGGAUUUUAUAGACAUUGAAGACAUCACUGAGAAGGCCGCAUUAUGUCGCUGCUGGAAGAGCAAAAAUUGGCCUUACUGUGAUGGUUCCCAUGGCCAGCAUAAUAAAGAAACAGGUGACAACACUGGUCCAGUGGUGGUGAGGCACAAGGAAAAUAAGUGA